GAAAAUCCAUUUGGUUAUAGGCAACUAAGGAAACCACACAGAAUGAAGCUCUGGAACUCCACAUUGGGAAGUGGCUUCAUCUUGGUGGGGAUUCUGAAUGAAAGUGGGUCUCCUGAACUGCUCUGUGCUACAAUGGCAGCCCUGUACAUGUUAGCCCUGAUCAGCAAUGGCCUGUUGCUUCUGGUCAUCAUAACAGAUGCCCGGCUCCACGUGCCCAUGUACCUCCUGCUUGGUCAGCUCUCUCUUAUGGACCUCUUGUUCACAUCUGUUGUUACUCCCAAAGCCAUCAUCGAUUUUCUGUGCAGAGAAAACAUCAUCACCUUUGAAGGCUGUGCCCUUCAGAUGUUCCUGGCACUGACACUGGGUGGUGCAGAGGACCUCCUAUUGGCCUUCAUGGCCUAUGACAGGUAUGUGGCCAUUUGUCAUCCUCUGAACUACAUGGUCCUCAUGAGACCUAAGGUCUGCUGGCUUCUGGUGGCCAUGUCCUGGAUCCUGGCAUCCCUAAAUGCUCUGGGACAUACCAUGUAUACCAUGCAUUAUCCCUUCUGCAAAGCCCAGACAAUCAGGCACCUGCUGUGUGAGAUCCCACCUUUGCUGAAGUUGGUCUGUGCUGAUACCUCUAGAUACGAGCUCAUGGUAUAUGUGACAGGUGUGACUUUCCUCUUGCUUCCCUUUUCCGUCAUUGUUGCCUCCUACAUACUAAUCCUCUUUACUGUGCUCCACAUGGCAUCAAAUGAAGGGAGGAAGAAAACCCUUAUCACCUGCUCUUCCCACCUAACUGUGGUGGGGAUGUUCUAUGUAACUGCCACAUUCAUGUAUGUGCUGCCCAGUUCCUUCCACAGCCCCAAACAAGACAACAUCAUCUCUGUUUUCUACACAAUUGUCACUCCAGCCUUGAACCCCCUCGUCUAUAGCCUGAGGAAUAAGGAUGUCAUGGGAGCCUUGAGAAGGGUCCUAAGAAAGCACAUAUUUCCAACACAAUCCACCCUCUAGAAAGGGUCCA